AGUCUCGAAGAAAAUAUAUAUAUUAAAUAAUAUUACAAGUAGAAGUAGUGUCUUCCACCAGCAGCAGCAGCACUGGCCCCUACCUUCUCUUCCCUCUGAUCAUUCAUCUCUUGUCCUUUGCACCCGCUUCUUUCUUCCAAUUAUUUUUCACACUCCCUCCCCUUUCACUAAAAAAUUUCAUUAGGGUUUCUUUCUUUCACCUUUGCAAUGCAGCUCGUAAAAAUCAUCUUCGUUUUCUCACUCUCUCUUUUCCUCUUACUCGAUGCAUCCUCAGCUGCUCCUCCUCCUCCAAGAAUUGUUAAUGGGCUUUUCUCAAAUGCUGCUUCUGCUUUCAUCAAAUGGGCUUCCUCCCUCACACCCACUACCAAAACAUCGAUUAGCGGGCGGCCAUUGAUGAAAUUUGAGAGUGGAUACAGUGUUGAUACAGUUUUUGAUGGAAGUAAACUUGGGAUUGAGCCUCAUGCUCUUGAGGUUUUGCCUAAUGGGGAGCUUCUUGUUCUUGAUUCUGCUAAUAGCAAUCUCUACAAGAUCUCUUCCUCUUUGUCUCUCUAUAGUAGACCGAAAUUGGUCGCCGGGUCGGCAGACGGGUAUUCAGGGCAUGUAGACGGGAGGCUUAGAGACGCUAAAAUGAACCACCCGAAAGGCCUUACGGUUGAUGACAAAGGAAACAUAUACAUUGCAGAUACCGACAACAUGGCCAUUAGGAAAAUAAGUGAUACAGGCGUGACGACAAUUGCGGGAGGUGGGAAAUCGGGCCGUGGGGGACAUGUAGAUGGGCCAAGUGAAGAUGCUAGAUUUUCGAAUGAUUUUGAUGUUGUCUACAUUGGAAGUAGUUGUUCUCUUCUUGUUAUAGACAGAGGAAACCAAGCCAUCCGUGAGAUCCAACUACCGUUUGAUGAUUGUGCUUAUCAGUAUGGAAGCGGUUUCCCUAUUGGGAUUGCGGUUUUGGUUGCAGCAGGCUUUUUUGGUUACAUGCUUGCGUUGCUGCAACGCAGAGUUGGUAGCAUGAUUUCCAAUCAAGUGGAUGAAUCUCAAACAACAAUGAAACCAAACAUCGCUCCAAUGCCACCAUACCAGAAACCAUCGCUGAGGCCGCCACUAAUUCCAUCAGAAAACGAGCCCGAAAAACAAGAAGAAGGUUUCAUUGCAUCUCUCGGGAAACUCAUGGCCAACGCCACGUCAUCAUUCUCAGAAAUCUUGUCGAAUGUCUUCCCGGGCUUCAAAAAGAAACAAGUCAACUAUCCGUACCAAAACCAACCGCCGUUUCACCAAGACCACAGAUACGUGUCAAACUCAUGGCCCGUUCAGGAUAGCUAUGUGAUCCAAGACGGAGACGAGGCUCCCCCAUCUAUAGAGACCCGAACCCCGACUCCUAAAAAAACAUACCCGUUUAUGACAAACAACGAUGAAAAAAUACAACAGUUUCGUCAAAGUCGCCAUCUUUACAGCGGGUGGGACCACAAUUAUCAACAACCACCACCACCACCGCAACAGCAGCAGCAGCAGCAUCACAACAGAUAUUAUUCUUCCAUGCCGCAAACGUACUAUGAACAAAGUAGAGAGGAAACCAAAGAGAUUGUGUUCGGAGCGGUUCAAGAACAAGCUGAGUCAAUGGUCAUAAAGCCAUUAGAUCAUGGAAAUUCAGUUUAUGAUCAUCGUGGUAGGGUUCGGUCACGCUCUCGUGGUUUUGCUCGUGGUGAUUGAUGCGAUAAAACAUGGGUAUUGGGAAAUUAUUUGAUUGUGAUAAGUAAAUUUGCAAUGUUGUAAGGGUAUAGUAGUAGAUGUUAUAGAACUUAUAUAUCAUAUAUGGUGCAGCAUUGGAGGGGGUCAUAUCUGUAAGAAGCUGCCAUUAUGAGAAGUGAAUAUGAAAUUCCUGCAGAAAAAAUAUGUUGUUUCUUUGUU